CUUGGAGCGGCGCGCGAGAGGCGUCGUUGCUCUCUGCUGCUGAUUGUCUAUGAGCCAGAACUUGUAUUGCUUUGUUAUCUGUUGUCCACGUAUCUAGACGCUUUAUUGACCUGUCCGAAUUCUGGCGCAGCCUCAAUCAGCAGAGUACCCGACAUAUCAUUAUGGCUUCGGCUGCUGCUAUCGACACUCCUCCGCAAGAACCUCAUACUCUGGGCGAGGGCCCAUCGAUGGCAUUCUCGAGCUCACCGCAUAGGAAGUCACCUCGACGGUCAACUUACUCUGGCAACUCUUCAACGCCGCUGCAAGCACUAGACGCGUACAACGACUCUACAAGCCCUCCACAGCCUUACACAUUUACUCCUCGGCAAGUCAAAUGCCUACCUAGAGCGUGGGAAAGACGACCGGCAACGCCAUUUGUGGCGCGGAACGACGCACAGAAGAUAUGGAAGCGCGUUCCACUAGGUGCCAUCAGGUCCAAUAUCGGGGAGAACUGGAAGAAGGAAACCAAGAGAUUGAACACACGACCGGUCAAGAGAUUGAGGAUCGCUCAUCUCGGCGGAGAAGAGGAUAAAGAAAAUGUUGACUACAUUGCUUCUCGAUGGGACGAGGAUGGAUUGACGACAGCCAGCCCGAAACGAAAAUUGUUGGAAUGCGGGGGUGUCGCUGACCGCAAAAUAGACUUGGAAGAUCAAGACACCCCCGAUGAGGCCCACGAUAGCAUCGAGGACGACGAAGACUGCGGGAAACCUGAAAACGGCACAGCUUCACCUAUCCUCGGAAGCCAUGAAGGGGCUGAGCGUUGGAUUGAGGGUGAAGGUGCUGAUAUUGAAACGGGUACUACAACUGUCUUAGACAGCGACAGUGCUUCCUCAGAGGCAGUGGGUUUGCCUCAACCUCUUUCGCCGAUCGUUGGUCCAUUGAAGAUUUCUCGUGCCUCUUCGCCUUCGCCUACAGCUAUGCAAUCUUCGAUAAAUACACCCAUGAAGCCCACCGAUGGGGACACCGCCUCUUGUGGAGAACGAGAGCAAGACUCACAUUCAUCUUCAGCAACUGUGUCGAGCGCCCAGGACACUGGAGAAUCAGUUAGCACUCCGCUUGAUGAUGACGACGACACGGCCUUCCUGCACGACUUCCUGUCCCGGGCUCGAGCACGGAAAGCAGCCAAAGAACAAACGCCCCACGAAAGCCCAGCACAACCGAACGAGAUGGCGGAGUCAGCGGAUUUACAGGAAGAGUCAAAGUUCUCUCACAUUGAGGAAGUGACUGAUCUUUCGGUACCAAUAGCUGAUGAUGAAGAAACACCAACGAAUCUUCCUGCAACCCAAGAGCCGGAAGUCAACGUCUCGCCUCGAAGAAGUUCUCGGCUCAUCACCCGACUCCCGAGACUUCAAAAACCCGUCACGAGUCUCCCGAGCAGUAUCUCCCUCAAGCGACUCGGCGGUACCGAAUUCAUUGCUGGCAACCACGAAGCUCAAUCUGUUGCCGUGGCCACCCGCACAAACACUAAGAAUAAUAAAAAUGGAGCGGUGCCGGCGAAGGUCAGGUUGAUACAAUUGAACGCUGAGCUGAAAGCCAGACAGUUCUCGGAAGAGGAUGGGGCUGAACAGCAAGACCCAGAGAUUGCGUCCAAGAACAAGAAUAACAAAGGCAAGGAAGUGACUUGGGCCGAGAAGCUUGCGACCUUCCAGGACGGACAAGUUACGAAGGGCUCGAGUGAGGAAACAGACGAGGAACGAAAUCAGGAAGGCAAAUCUGAUGGCAACUCCGUGUCUGAGGGAGGAGGUGAAGAAGGGGCCGAGAAGCGGCGUUCGCUCCUUCGGCAACAAAAUAGAGGUGUCAGAAAGGUGCGCAAGCUCAGGAAAUUAAAUGUUGGGAGCGUGAAUGGGACGCCGGCACCCAAAAAAACCACCAACAUUCCGCUGCCCGUUGGAUCGACUUCUUCUUUGUCGGCGAAGGUGGUCGGACUGGCAGCGCAAGGGGAGAGUGGUCCCGAAGGGGAGAAGAACAUGAUCCAGACGAGGACAAGGACUAGGAUUUCCAAAGCCGUCUGAGGUUGAAGCCGAAGUUGCGACGUGGUGAUUAUUUGGCGACUCUUUGCCCAAAGCCUCGCUCGGGCAUACGUGGCUUGAAGAGGGUGAUGUUGAAAUAUUAACAAUCAAAUAUGACGAUGCGUUCGAAAUUACAGAUGCGUUGUGGUGUUGGGUCUGGAGAAGAGGUUUUUGAUCUAUCCCUUGCUGUAGGUGAGCAGGAGUUGGGCAGUGACAAGGACGAAGUCAUGCCUUGAAGUGCUG